UAUCUUGGGUUGCUAUUUUGGAAAAAUACUCGUAUAAUUUAGGGCUCUCAAUAACCUUAUGCCUUUUGAAGAUAACUAUAUAAAUCGCUGAAUAUCGACUGUCGUGAAUGAGUAAGCAGAAUUUCACUAUAGCAAACAGGACAUAGUCAUGGAACAUGAUGACAUGCUUCUGGAGGAGGUGGCGGCUCUGGAGGCCACGCUGAUGGAUGACCUGAACGUCGUCUACAACGGGGAGCGUCCCCAGGAGGUGUCGGUCACCCUGCACCCGGCCACAGCACACAACAGGGACGAGCAGUUCGUGCGGAUGACGCUGACACUCCACCUGCCCGCCGGCUACCCGAGCGACAGUCCCAAGGUGGUGAUCUCCAACCCUCGCGGCAUCAGUGAGCAGACGGUGCAGCGCGUGCAGCAGCAGUGCUUCGCCAAGAUGGAAGAGUAUCGCGGCGAGCCGGUGCUCUACCAGCUGAUCGAGCUGGCGCGGGACCACCUGACGGAGAGCAAUGUGCCGGCGGUGCCGUGCGUCAUCUGCCUGUACGAGUUCACGGCGCAGGACGUGUUCACAAAGACGGCCUGCUACCACUACUUCCACGCCCAGUGUCUGGCCAGGUAUGUGGAGAACGUGCUAGAUUCAGAGGAUGACGAGGAGACGCCCCCCUGGCAGGAGAAGAAAACCACCGACGUGGUCUGUCCGGUGUGCCGCGAGCCGAUCGGGUACGACCUGGAGGCGCUGCGCGCCGCGCCGCCGCCCGAGCUGGCAGCACUGGCGGCCGGUUUCCGCGCCACGGACGAGCUGCGCAGUCUGCAGCGGCGCAUGGCGGCGCUGUUCCUCCAGCAGCAGCAGCGCGGCGGCCUCAUCGACCUCGAACAGGAGAAGAACAAGUACCUGCUGGUCACGGCGCCGGAGACGGAGCAGAGGCCGUCUCGGGCCGAGCGCCGUCGGGCUGCUGCUGCCGCCGCCGCCGCGAACUCGCAGCCAGGCGGCAGCGGGGAGCCCGCCGCCCCCGCCCCAGCGGCCGGCCGCGGCGGCGGUGGACAUGGCGGUCGCGGCGGCGGCGGGGGUGGCGGAGCCCACCGCGGUCGGGGCGGCCGUGGCGGCCGGCGCGGCGGGCAGCGGGGCCGCGGCGGCCGACCGGGCGCUCCACACAGCACAGCGCCCACCAAGAGUUGACAAGAAUGCCCCGUAGGGCGCCUUCCCUACGCUUCUUUUGCCGGCGGCGAGUGUCUGGCGGUGCCGGCGGCCGCCGGCGUCGCCGCGUGUUGUGUGUGUGACGCCCGCUGGAGGUCUGUAUUCUCGCUGUUGGCGCGGGGGGUGGGUGGCGCGGCCGGGACCGCCGCCGCGGGGGGCUCUAGUCCGGGGAGCACACUCAGGAGACGGACGGGCGUGCGGAGACUGGCGGCGGCCGCCUAGCGUCCACGGGUUCCCGGGUCCUGCGGCGACCGACGGCGGACGGCGGACACACCCAGACCCAGACCCAGCCCGCGUCCCGAGACGAGCUUGGCUGUGAUUAAUGCAAUGCCAGAUUGCUGCCAAACUGUUGGACAGAGUACAGCUAUAUUUAUUGCAUAUUUUCUUGACGAUAUCAUAUGGAAUAUUGUUAUUGCUGUGAUUAAGAUAUUCUUGUUAAUCUCAGAAUGGGCUGACAACUCAUCGUAUAUCCAGGUCAUAUGGUUGGUACUGGAUUUGUCUUAUCAAAUAUCAGGUUAAAAAGUUGCGUUGAAGUUCGGCCUUUUACGGCCUUCGGCAAGUGCUUGCCGAACUUCUUUAUAUUCAGUAUCUGAGUUUGUUCUUUUAUCCACGGUGCGAAACGAAAGGCGUCAAAAUUAUAUGGAUCGAGUCGCUUUUUCACGAGUAAACCGUUCGCACAAAACGCAGGCCAGUUGACGUCCACUGCAGACAUUCCGAGGGUGGCUGGGCCGCCAUCCCCCUGGCCGGGGGACCCCGCCGGCGCGCGCACCGGUCGCUGGGGAGACAGUCCGCCGGCCGCCGGUCGACGACGGACCCGGGGACCGGGCACCGGCCGCCGCCGCCACUGUAGCGCCUGUGUUAGCGGGAGGAGAGACUGCGCGCACGGGCAGGGACCCGUGCGCUGCGCUGACUGGCUGUUGUGGAUUAUUUAUUGCUUUAAUUGUGCAUCGAUGUUCCCACCCUAGCGAUGGUGACAAUAAACCAGGCGACUCGCUCAGCUGAA